AACUCUGUCAAUCUUAAAAUGGGAGAGAAUCCUCAGGUCUUGUUGUGUGUUCUGAAACCUUCACAAGUAUCAAAUGUUGUUGCUGUUUUUUUUCACGUACACUUUCCUUUACCUGUUUCUCUGUUAAGUAGUAGGUUGGUAGGUUUCACUUGUCCUCCCAUGUCUGGCUUGCCCACUUGACACUUGGACAUACAAGAAAUUGCUCACUCUCUUUUUUAGCAACCCAGUCCUAUCUUGUGUUCGAUCUAUCUUAGUUUCUCUCUCUCUCUCGCUCUCUCUCUCUCUCUCCAAUGCACCUAAUCCCACCCCCUAAAUGUCCCCUGACCCUGUUACUCUUCUCUUUUAGCCGCGUGUAGGGGUAUCAUACAGGGGCCUCAGGACUUGGUCUUGUCUGUUCUGGGUGGCGGGGAUCACAGGUCCUUUCUGAUUGAAUUGUAUGAAGUAGUUAGUUAAGUUGGAGUUACAGACAACUACUUGAGAACUGAAUCAUGAAGUGGAACCUUGUGUUCCUCGGGUUCCUUCUGACCUUCGGGCAACUGUCAUGGGGGCAGAAAGGUAUGGACUUUCCCGAAUACGAUGGAAAGGACCGCGUUCACGACCUUAACGCCAAGAAUUACAAGUCUGUGAUGAAGAAAUAUGACGUGAUGGUGGUGUACUAUCAUGAGCACGUGGGAUCCAGCAAAGCCGCCCAGAAACAGUUUCAGAUUGAGGAGCUUGGCCUUGAGCUUGCUGCUCAAGUCCUGGAGGACCUAGACGAUGAGGACAUUGGAGUUGGCCUGCUCGAUGAAAAGAAAGACAGUGCUGUCGCCAAGAAACUUGGUCUGGAAGAAGCUGACAGUAUCUACAUUUUCCUUGAGGAUGAGGUCAUUGAGUAUGAUGGAGAGCUUGCUGCAGACACACUGGUGGAGUUCAUCUAUGAUGUGAUUGAGGAUCCAGUGGAGAUUAUUGAUAACAUGCGUGAGUUGAGAGGUUUCCAUAAUAUUGAGGAAGACAUCAAGCUGGUGGGCUUCUUCAAGAGCGAGAAAUCUGAACACUAUCAUGCAUUUGACGAUGCAGCUGAGGAGUUUCACCCACACAUCAAGUUCUUUGCCACCUUUAGUCCAAAGGUUGCUAAGAGUCUAGACUUGAAGUUGAAUGAAGUAGACUUUUACGAGCCCUUCAUGGACAAUCCCAUCGUCAUCCCUGGUAAACCUUACAGCGAGGAAGAACUUGUUGAAUUCAUUGAGGACAAUGACAGGCCCACACUGAGGAAAAUGAUGCCACACAACAUGUAUGAGAUUUGGGAGGACGCUCUUGAUGGCGAGCACAUCAUUGUUUUCGCUGAGGAGGGUGACCCAGAUGGCUAUGAAUUUCUUGAUAUUGUGAAGGAAGUGGCAGAAGAUAACACGGACAAUCCUGACCUGAGCAUCGUCUGGAUCGACCCUGAUGACUUCCCACUGCUUGUGCCCUACUGGGAGAAGACCUUUGACAUCGACCUGUCCUCCCCUCAGAUCGGCGUCGUGGAGGUUGAUGAUGCUGAGAGUAUCUGGCUGGAGAUGGAUGAUGACGAUGACAUGCCCACAGCAAAAGAGCUUGAGGAUUGGCUGGAGGAUGUGCUAGAGGACAAAAUUGACCCUGAUGAUGAUGACGAUGAUGAUGAUGACGAUGAUGAUGAUGACGACGAUGAUGAUGACGACGACGAUGACGACGACGACGAUGAUGACGACGACGAUGAUGACGACGAUGAUGACGACGAUGAUGACGACGACGAUGACGACGACGACGAUGAUGACGACGACGACGAUGAUGACGAUGAUGACGACGAUGAUGAUGACGACGACGAUGAUGACGACGACGAUGACGACGAUGAUGAUGAUGAUGACGACGACGAUUAUUAAACUCUAUCCAUCGCACAAGUCACAAUGUAUCGUCCAAAUCUAGUCUAAGUUUUUGUAUUUGCACUGUUCAUCAACGUCAUCAAAAUUCCUUUGUUAUUUGUCACAAAGUUAAAAACAUUAUUACUGUCACUGUCUCCUGGUACACAAUGAUCUGUUCACUAGCAAACUGUGCUCCCCCGACAUCAUUAUCUUUCCCAUUGACCUCGAAUUUUAUCAAAAUGCUACGUUCUCUUCAGAUUUUCAAACAUCUCUAAAAGUAAAAUCAUACUAGAUUUGUAUCGCUUUCCUUUCAUUUAAUUUCCUUUUUCUCUUUUGUGGGAACCGACUGUAAUUGGCACGUAAGUACAGCACAAAUUCACCUGGAAAUGGGCCUUGCUUUCAAGCACGUAAAAUCAAAACAUGUCAGUUUGUCUGAGGGGGCAGCAAUAUUAUUUAAGUGUAAAUCCAUCCGUUAAAUUUGGUGUUAGUGUCUCAAUGUUUAUUUGUACUAAUAUGUGGAUGGAUUGUUUGUCCCAUUGUGAUAGGACCUAAAGGUGCUAAGCAGGCUUUUCCUCAAGGUCAUUGGUCAAAACCUUCUUCCUUUGUAAAGUCAGAAUGUGACUCUAUGACUUUAGACAGAAAAGGAUUGUCCAGCCUUCCUUUUGUGUCUAAAAAGUACAGUAAAUCACGUGUUUUCUACUGAAAAGAAAAGCAUUGACAUUUUUUUAUGAAGACAACUUGGUUUUAAGUCUUUAAAUAAAACAAGAGAUUGGAAUUAAA